UCACAUUUCCAAUUAUUUAACCCUAAUCCGUUCAACCACUCUCACCUCACUCUGUACCUUUACCGAUCGGAAAACUUCAAAUUCAUCGCCGGAAAACCUAACUCGAUGAUAAAUUGUUCCAAUUGUUAACUCAAUCGACCGUUUUCGCCACAAAAUUUCGAUUUUUAGAGUUUAAUUUGAUCGGAAUCAGAUCAUCAAUGGCGACGCUACAAAAAUUCAAACUAUUAGCGACGCAAUGCGCCGUCGCCGGAAGUCCGACGCGUAGUCCAUCAACGAGUCCGGUGAUUCACCUACGGCGACGGAAAACGUUACGGAUGCUGUUAACUCGCAGCGGCGGUGGAAGUGGACGGAGACUGCCGGCGCGUGACGAAUUUACAGAUCGGAGAGCGCGUGACAUUGACUCGUCGGAGAAUCGGAAACAUGGCGGUGUGAGGCAGAAGUUGAAGGAUUUGCUUGUGGCUUCGGCGUCACCGCCGGCGGCGCGUGGAUUGCUUGAAGACGGUGGUGAUGGUGGAGAUGAGGUGAAGCGGUGGAGUGGUGGUGGCGAUUUGGUUGCACGGCGUGGUGGUGGUGGGAGAGGGAUGAGGCCGGUGUUGUCCGGGUCGUUACGGCAGCGGUUAUUGAGACGGGCGUGGAGGCCGGUGCUUGUGGCGAUUCCCGAGUAAAUGAUUUGUUUGUUUUUUUGGGAAUGUAGAGAUGAUGAUGGUUAUGAAUGUUGGAUAUAUGAUUCACCACCAAAUUUCUUAAAUGUUUGUAACGUUUUAUUAACAAUUAUAUUAAUUAAUUUCAUCAA